AUGAACCAAACUGUUGAAAAAUUAAAAGCCAAAUUUUUACCGGAAGUAGUUUUUAAAUAUGAGAUUUUUAAAAACCUCCAAAAUCUGGAAAAGAAAGUUAAGAAGUUAGAGAUAGAUCACGGUCUAAUUGCGGAGGAAACUAGGCCAAAAACCGAAGAAGAGAUUCGCAAAACAAGAGAAAAAAUUAGAGAAGAGAUUGAAAAGAUUGCUAAUUCACGAGGAGUUUUUAUUCCUCAAGGUGAUACUGAAAUAUUGGUGGAAAAAACCUUAGAAUUGGCGGGUAAAAUUUGGGGAGAGGGAGAAAAGUUAAAAGUUUUGGAUAUUGGAACCGGUUGCGCACUGGAAGUUGCUGAAAUUAAUGCUUCUGUUCAUCAGGUAAAAAAUAUUAAAUUUUUUCAUAGCAACCUUUUUGAUAAUGUAAAAGAAAAUGAGAAAUUUGAUAUUAUUAUCUCUAACCCUCCUUAUGUCAGUAAUGCUGAUUACGAAAAUAUUUCUUUGACUGUUAAGAGUCAACCAAAAGAGGCGCUAGUGGCGGAAGACAAUGUAGUCGAAAUUGGUUACCGGCAAGCCGAGGAAGUUGUAAAAUUAAUAAUAAAGUACUUUCCAAAAUUAAUUAUUUCUACUUUUUUGGAUUAUGAAGCAGAAGUAAAAGGGGUAACUGCCUCUUUUUUAGAAGUAGUUAAACAAAAAUUAGUUGACGGAGAAGAUGUUAAUUUCAAGAAUUAUUUUACUCUGAAAAGAUCAAAACAGGCACCAAAGGUUAGCAAACUUUGUGAUAAUCACACUAAGAAAAUGAAUGAUUACAAAGCAGCCAAUAAAGGAAAAGGAUUAGCGGCUUUUGCCAAAUCUCCUUCUUUUCGAAAAUUAAGUUUGGAAACUAGAAAUUGUAACAGUUGUAAAGUCCAAAAGCAAAAAAUAGCCAAGUCUACUAAAUUACUAACCAGAGUAAUUUGUAAGGCUAGCAGUGGUUUAUGA